AUGAAGGAAGACAAUACUAUCAAUAUUCUUCAGGAAAUCCUGAAGUCCAAGAUCCCUGACUGGGACCCACAUGGUUCAACAAUCAUGGAGAUUGAUGGGUUUAAAUACAACAAUACAUUCCAAGAUACAUGGAAUACUGAUGAUGACAAUGAUGGAGGACUAUUGGCAGCAAUGAGUGACUGCAAAAUUGUGGAUGAAGAAGGUCCUCAAAUUGAAACAAGUAGUAAAAAUAACCUUCCUGUACCUAAUCAUUUGCCAGCACAAGUGGAUGUGGAUAAUAUGCAAGAGAAUGAUAUGAGAACUGAUAUACUGGAGCAAAUCAUUGACUCUGGAAUCCUAGAUUGGAAUCCUCAGGAGUCAUGGACUGCACAAGAUACCAUGUAUGAUGGUGUACCACAAAUAGUUAAUAGUGUUGAGGAACAGUCAGAGGUGAGGAAGGGUGGUACUGCAGAUGGUCAGGAGGAUGUUAGACAAAGGAAUAAGCCCCAUCGAACACACAGGUGGCCACUCAAGAAAGCUAUCACCUGGAGAAAGAAACACAAAACACAAACAGUCAUAAACCAUGAUAAUAGUGUUAGAUCUAUCAUACGUGCCAUAAGAUACAUAUGGAUGAGAUGGAGUUCAGGAAAGAUACAUCAGGUCAACAACAUCUGGGAGAUCCAAACAGGCAUAUCAAGUCUCCACAAGUUAUUGGUUGGUGAUCCAAAACUCUCUAUCGAAGCAUCCAAGAUGAAUCACAUGCAGAAAGUUAUUUCAAGUGUUGUCCCAGUGUACAAGGAGGAGGAUGAUGAUGAUGAUAACAACAAGGAUGAUCUAUCACCAUCUGAGACAUCAAACAAGAAGGCACUAACAGAUCACAAAUAUGAGCCUACACCAUCACCGCAACCUGCGUUAAAAUCACCAUCAAUUGAGGGACAACAGACUAUAUUAAUUGAACCUACAGAGGAUGAAAUAGCUUCCAUAGUGAAUAAGAUGGUGGAUGAAGAACUGGAGGUCUUCAGGCGGAAUCAUUUCUUGCCUCAGAGAGGGACAUGUCCCAUGUCAUCUUUGACUAUCAGCGAUGCACAGUGUAUAUCCUGGGUUGCCAUAUUUCUGAAUCAGCCAUGGAUGUUGAUGGAGUGGAUUUACAUAACUGGAAUGGUUGGAGUGGGCCACAAUACUGGAGGAGAAUUGCAUUACUUCAUGGCUGGAGUUAAUUAUUUACCUUUACCUUUUUCCUUCAUCAAUAUAUCAUCUGCCGAGAAUGCAAACAAGGCUUUAAACCUUGCAGCUGAGAAGAUUUUGCAACUGGUCAAAUGGUUGCAAAAAAUGCCUGAAGACACUCUGGCUUUAAAAAAGAUGGUGCAUGAGAUUACCAUAACUUUGGCAACCACAUUUGCCCAACACGGCAAUGCCACUACUUUGCUAGUGCCCAUACUCUUGUCCUGCACUGCCAAAAUCCAGGACAAGAGUGCACCCAAUGGCAGGCUGAGAACCUUACCUGAUUGGUCUGUCAUUUCAGAUGACGACCAACAGAUUCAGGGCCAUCCUUUGUAUGGCAAGACCCUUGGGUACCGACACCAAGAUUCGCACAAUGCACUGCUAGCAGGACCUGCCAUCCCCCACCCAGUGCUGUAUGUCUCGCUGCCACCACCACUGACAGUUGUUGCCCCGACUCCAGUGCCUUCCCCCCACCAAGCACAACCUCUUUGUGUCCAGAAAUACGAAGAAAUGAAAGGCCACAUCAUCUGCAUCGGAGCCAGAAUCGGAGGUCGAGGUUGUUCAACCCCCACUGGUAUUGCUGAAACUGGGACCUAUAAGUAA